AUGGUGAUGCGAAGUGUGCGACACGGCUCGGCGCAGUCCGGCUCGCGGGCAUCGGGCCAGCAAACGGACGCAGCCUCCCGGGUGAUGGUACAGGUGGUGCCGGGUCUGAUCUACGGCACAAAGGAUCGACUACCGAACGGCGGUCCGUACUACUGCUUUAAGGGUGUCCCAUACGCUCGGCCUCCGAUCGGUCCGUUGCGCUUCGCAUCGCCGGUCCCGAUCGAAAAGUACUCCGUAUCAUACCUCGACUGUAGCCGCGAGCGGAGCAGCUGUUUGGGGCGGGAUGUGAUCACACGGGAAAUAACGGGUUCCGAGGAUGGGUUGUUCCUGAACGUGUACACCCCGGUGCUCGGUAAGGAGGUGGACCCCACCAGACUGCUCCCGGUGAUGGUGUUCUUCCACGGUGGUGGCAUGACGGGCGGGAACGCCGACAGUGGCCUGUACCUGCCGGACUAUCUGGUGCAGGAGGGAGUCGUGGUGGUCACGGUCAACUAUCGACUCGGGGUGCUCGGGUUCCUCUGUCUACCGCAGGCCGGCAUCGAGGGCAAUGCGGGUCUCAAAGAUCAGCGUAUGGCGCUCCAGUGGGUUCAGCAAAACAUCCGCACGUUUGCCGGUGAUCCCGACAACGUGACCCUGUUCGGGGCCAGCUCCGGGGGCAGUAACGUGAUGAUGCACUGCUUUUCGAACCUCUCGAGGCGGUACUUCCACAAGGCGAUCUCUCAGAGUGGCACCGUGUUUGCGGACUUGGUGUACCAAACGGAACCGGAAGAGCGAGCUCGAUCGCUGGCCCGCCUGUUCGGGUACGAGGGCACGUCCGACGAGGCGGUACUGAGCACGCUCCGAGACGUGCCUGCCCGGCGGUUGUACGAGGCACAAUUCCUGGUGCUGUCGGCACGCGAGCGAGAGUAUGAGUCCAUCUUUCAGUUCCCGUUCACGGCAGUCAUCGAGCGUGCUGCCUCGACCGAUGCCGUACUGCAGAAAACUCCGAUCGAGUAUCUGCGGGAAAGGGAUCGCUUCGAGGUGCCGAUUCUGUGCGGCUACAACGACCGGGAGGGCAUGCUGGAGCUGGUGGACAUGAUGAAACACCUGUCGGUGUACGAUCGGUGUCCGGAGAAGUUUAUCUGCGCCUCGUUCGACGUGGACUACUUCAGUCCGGCAGCGCGCACUCUUGGGGAGGAACUUAAGCGCCACUACUUCGGUGAGGCGUCCGUGUCACGCUCGAACAUCGACCAGCUGGUCGACCUGCUCACGGACCGGUUCCUCGUGGGGUACCUGGUGUUGUGCCAUCUGUGGCACAAGUACCAAACGAAGGUCCCGUUCUACUCGUACCGGUUCGCCUACGAGGGAUCGCUCAACAAGGGCAAGGAGUUGCUCAAGUUCCAGCAUCUGCCCGGGGCUUGCCACAUCGACGAGGUGUACUACGUGUUCAGCUCAGCGUUGCUACGCACGGAAAUUCCUGCCACGGAUCCGGCCUACACCGUGCGCCAGAUGAUGGUCCGGAUGUGGACGAAUUUUGCAAAGUUCUCGGACCCAACGCCACCGCACGACCGCAGCGUGCCGUGCCGUUGGGAACCGAUGACGGGGCUGCCCUCGGACGUUGCCAGCGACGAGCUCAACUAUACGCUGCUGUCGAUCGGGAAGGAAAUCAAAAUGGGCACCCUGCCGGAGCGGAAGCGGAUGGCAAAGUUUCUCGACAUCAUGCGCCGCUGUAAUGGAUCAAUCGACAACUUCGUUAUCCCGAAAGUGGAACCGGCGCCAAGCGAAGGAGCUGACGCAGCCAGUGAGUGUGGCAGUGAUGGUCGAUGAUAUGCGCUACGGUAGCACCUGACCCGGGCCCCUUUAAUUUAUUCCGCUAACCACCCGAAAGGCGGUUGCCCCGGGGCCUCGUUAAUGAAUCUGUAAUUAAUUGUGUGACUUCCGAAGCAGAAGCCGUCACGACACACGCAUGCCCACAGUGCGGCCCAUGUACAAAGUAGAAGGCCUUCGAGUGGUGCGUCUUAAUGGUUUAACUAAUUAAUGAGCUGAACUAAACGCAAACUAAUUCGUUAAUUGUAAGGCACUCCACUAACACUGUUAUCGAUAGCGAUAGUUGAUAAGUAAUGAUAGAGCAUUUGUCCCCAAAUUUAUGCUACCGGAAAUGAACAAACGCGUGGCAUUCUAUCAGCUAUUGGAUCGAUUCCGAAUGUUGCUUGGAUCAAACAAGUCGUGACGCUAAAAUAAUUAAUUUGUCCAAGGAAGCAAUUGAACAUGGUUAUGAUGUGUUACCGUUAUAGAACCCACUUGAACCGAAUC